UGCACAGACCUCUCACAGACUUUGGAUUCUCUCUGGUCCUGCACUCAUGAUGCUUUCUGGCUUCCUCUUUCUGCUCCUCAUGACGGAUGGAGAGUCUUCUGAGCGUAACUGCACUUAUCAGGAUGUUUUAAACCACCUGAACUUCACCAAAAACAAAGAGUUGUUCUCCAUGAUCCGGCCUGUUAAAAACUAUAAACAGCCCACAGAUGUAUACGUGACUGUACUACCCUAUGCCAUUCUAGAUGUGAACGAGAAGGACCAGAAAUUUGUUCCCUACGUUUGGACUUGGAUGGUCUGGCAGAAUGAGUUUAUUUCCUGGAAUCCACAGGACUUAUGUGGUAUUGAGAAGUUUACUCUUCCUACUGACGUACUGUGGAAGCCAGAUCUAACUAUUGAAGAGAUGACAGAAAGGGAUAAAGCCCCUCCAAGUCCUUAUCUCACUGUUUAUAGUAAUGGUCACAUCCAAGUUGAGAACGACCAGGUUCUGGUCAGCGCCUGCAGGAUGAGAGUUCACAAAUUUCCCUUUGACAUCCAGAGGUGCAACCUGUCUAUAAAGUCUGUCAUACACUCUGAAAAGGAAAUGCAGCUUUUUGAGACUUUCAACUCGUCCACGUCCACAAAGUGGUCUCAGGAGUUGAUGCGGAUCCAGUACGAGUGGCUCUUCAUCGGCAUGACAGUCUGCAACGAAACUGUCGACAAUUUUGGCUUCAUCCAAAAGAGGGUUGUUUACACUAUAACCAUUAAGAGGCGGUCAAUCCUCUACAUCAUCAACUUCUUGCUGCCCGUCCUGUUCUUCUUGUGUCUGGACUUGGCCUCCUUCCUGAUCUCAGACAGCGGGGGCGAGAAACUCGGCUUCAAGAUCACCGUGCUGCUUGCCGUCACCGUAAUGCAGCUUAUUCUGAAUGAAAUUCUUCCAACCUCUUCAGACCGAGUUCCACUUAUAGCACUCUACUGUACUGGCAUCUUUGGUUUGAUGAUGCUGAGCCUCGUGGAGACGAUCGUGGUGAUGAAUCUGAGGGGGAGAGACUCUGCCUCCCAAGACAACGAGGCAGAUAAAGACCAAAGCCUGAGUGAGGACUGUGGAGACAAACGAGGCAAAGUCAGCUUCCAGAACUGUUUUAGAGACAUCUGUGAUGUGUCUCCUGGUGAAACGCCAUCUGAACCACUGCCGAUGGCCAAAGAGGGUAGCAGCAUCCAGCUGAUGGAGGAGUCCCAAGACUCUGAAAAGCUGUUGAAAACACUGGUUGUGCUUCUCAGCUCCAGGAAGGAAGAAGAGAAACCCGGCUACUGGACCAGAAAGACCAAAACUAUCAACAAAGUCUUCUUCAUUUUCUAUGUGAUAGCUGCCACUCUGUUUUUAGUCUUUAUGUUUUUCAGUUGGAAUUCAGAAGACCAAUAUUAGUGCUGAAUAAUGAAACAUAACAUACGUUACUUCCCAGAGGUCGUAUACACAAAGUCACACCAUGCUGCAGGUCAUGUGUUCAUUUCUUGGUGACUUUCCUGAAUCAUUGGCAGAAAGUCAGUCAAUUCAAGUGCAGUUCAAGGUGAAGUUGUGGUGAUUAGAAAGUCACAAACCACACACCUUACAACAACAAGUAUAGUCUGUAUGUAUAAUAAUACAUACAGACUAAUAUAAUUGCAUGUUUUCCUACAUAAAUAUAUCUUAUGUAAUAAGGGCAAACCUUAUAA